UUGAAUGAGAUCAGGCAGAUGAAACACUUUGGCCUGCCCCAUUAACAGAUGCAGCCCACUUUGAAUCACGUUUCACCUACCAAGCCACCUACCUACUUCCAGAUGAGACUGUGAAGGCUCAGAGAAGAAUGAGGUAGCAGUUGUACCAUAGCACCCGCACCAAGUGCUCAGAGAACGCACAGAAGGGUAGCAGCUGCACCAGGUCCUCAGAGAAUGCACAGAAGGGUAGCAGCCGCACCAAGUGCUCAGAGAAUGCACAGAAGGGUAAAGGCCAUACCAAGUGAUCAGAGAACACAUAGAGGGGUAGCAGCCAUACAAAAUGCAGCGAUGCAAGCCACAAUCAGUCAGUGCUCUACAACAGUUAUCACUGUGUAUGUGCAGAUUUUCUUUCAGGAGCAAAACAAGACGAUUAGUUGAAAGGACACAUCUCGCUGUGCCAAAUACAGAUGUUUGGAAAGGAGAUCUGAAAGGAUCGUGUAAACAUUUAAAAAUGAACCCAAAGCCUGCCGCUUCUCCUUUAGCCACACUACAGCCACAUACCUCCUCCUCCGUGAGGCAGAGCCUUAUAGGAGACAGAGGCAGGGAAUUGGGUGGCGUUCGCCGAGGAGGUGACCUCUGGGUAGCCCUUGGAUCCGUUCUCGUGCAGUGGGAGGGGAGAAGAAAGGCUGCGGGUGUGUUUUUCCUUUCCGCUCCUCCAGCAGCUGAGAGGUUCUCGUGGGCAGUGCAGACUCUGUCUCUCUACAGCCCACAGAGGGUCGGAGCAGCGGCAGACAUGAAUGACAUCAAGCUGGCCCUGCUGGGCAGCGAAGGAGCCGGGAAAUCAGCCAUCCUUGUGAGGUUCCUGACCAAGCGAUUCAUCGGCGAGUACGCCUCCAAUGCCAGUUCCUUAUACCAUAAAAGGUUCUCCAUCGAUGGCCGACAAUUGAAUCUGGAAGUUUUCGAUCCGUGUUCUGAAACCGUGCAGAGCAGGUGCAUCACGGAGGAACCGGUGGAGUGGGCCGACGGCUUCAUCGUGGUGUACGACAUUAGCAACCGCCUGUCCUUCCUCAAUGCCCAGAGCACACUUUGUCAGAUCAAAGAGGCUCGUGCCGGGAACUGCAAAUGUGAGGUGGAGGUACCUGUCUGCCUGGUGGGGAACAAGCAGGAUCUGUGUCACGCCCGGCAGGUGAGCGAGGAGGAGGGCCGCUCCCUGGCCCAGGAAAACAAGUGCUUCUUCCAGGAGGUUUCUGCAGCUGAAGACCACCAGGAGAUCUCGAACCUCUUCACCAAGCUUAUCCGCAGUGUGAUGGAAUACCUGAAACACCGGGCUGACCGGCGCCGCUACAGCGGGUCCAAGUCCAUGGCAAAACUGAUCAACAAUGUCUUUGGGAAGAGGAGGAAGUCAGUCUGAGGCUGAAAGGUGUGAGUGAUGUCCGCUGCCAUGGAACAUUAUGAAAGCAGCCCAAAGACCCGCAACCCAUGACCUCCUAAUAUUUACCCGCAACUGUAUUUACAAAAUAGCCCGAUUGGGCGGGAAAACCGCGGACCUGGCAACUCUGCUAGACUUGCUUCUUCUAUUUGCAGUGCAGCAAAGCUAGAUGUUUAUUGGACAGGCUUCAAAGUGUCUUUUCCAGGGAAGCUCAGCGCCCCCUAAUGGGCAGCAGGCAGGCCAGGACGCAGGGCUGCUGCAUGAAGAUCAGAGGAACUGUCAAAGUGAAUGUACCUCUUUAUGACUGAUAAGAGUUUUGAAAUCAUACUUUCGGCAUCAGAGCAUUUCAAGUUCAAUCCCAUGUGGAUUUUUGGCGAGUGAAGUCUUUUCAUUUUUUUCGAUUUUCAUUUGUACAUAU